AUGAUGAUGGAAAGAAAGGAAGAAGGCAUGAUAAUAGAAGAGAACAAGAAGAAGAGCAAUGAAAAUGACAAGUUUACCCUGAAGGGAUCGGCGGCGGCGGCGGCGUCGUCAUCAACAAGGCAAUGGUCGGCGUUUCGGAAUCCAAGAAUCGUGAGGGUAUCAAGGUCAUUUGGGGGAAAAGACAGGCACAGCAAGGUUUGCACCAUAAGAGGGCUUCGUGACCGUCGGAUCAGGCUCUCAGUCCCCACCGCCAUUCAAUUGUACGACUUGCAAGACAAGUUGGGACUCUCUCAACCAAGCAAAGUCAUCGAUUGGCUUCUUGAUGCUACUAAACUUGAUAUCGAUAAGCUUCCCCCUCUUCACUUCCCUCAACCCUGCUUCCAACCGCCGCAAACCCUAUUCCCUCAUCUUCUCCAUGACCCUUCCUCUUUCUGGAAACCCAGGUUCUGGGAUUUCGACUCUUCCGCUUCCUCCUCUUCUUCUUCCAGGUUUCUCAAAGGGAAGGACUUAAUGACCACCAUGCCCUCCGAUAAUAAUAAUAAUAAAGCCAAGUGGAUCUUCAAACCAAACAAUGCGGAUCAUGAGAAUCAAGAAUUCGGAGGCGGUUACACUACUCAGAGGCUUUUCCCAAUGGAGACUACUACCAAUAAUAAUAAUCCCUUUCAGAGUUUGUUUUUCAACAACAACUCUACCCCUGAGGCUUCUAAUUUGGGAAGCCAUGGAUUGUUGUUUCCUUCUAGUUCUUAUUUUCACACCUUAUGCACCAUUUGUAACAACCCCAUCAUCUCUUCUCGAAGGUAG